AUGUCCAUUCUGGCUUUCACCAGGAUUCUUGGUGCCAUCCACAGGACCCCGGUUCUAGCAGCAUACCGCGGUCAUCCUGGCCUGCAGCAGCGCUUGGGGAAAAAUUGCAGGGUAAACCUCAGCAGUGGCCUUCACUACGGCUGGGCCAUCGAAGGAGCUGUCGGAAGCGAGUUCAAGAUCGAUGCAUCAUACUUGUCGCCGAAUGUCAGUAUAGCCGAGACGGUUGAGCGAGCUACGCAGAUCUAUGGCGUAAGCUUGCUGGUGGCGGAGUCAGUGGUCUCCAUUUGCUCAGCGCCCAUGGCCGCUAAGUGCCGGCUCAUCGACCGGGUCAUCAUUACUGGGUCCGUGGUCCCCAUGGACCUUUACGUCAUUGACCUGGACUACAUGAGCCUUACCGUGGAGCCGCCUUUGGGGCCCCAGCGCUGGACCACCAAAGACCGGUUCAAGGUGAGACAGUUUCUCGAAAACGAGAAAGAUCAGAAGCUGGCAGACGGCGUGAAAAUGGUGAACCUCUUCAACGAGAAUGCAGAUAUCGCUUCCAUGCGCUUCCGGUACACGCUGGAGUUCAUUCAUGUCUUCAACAUGGGCUACCAGAAUUACUCACAGGGAGAGUGGCAGGUGGCACAACGGAUGUUGGCCCGCACGAGAGAUAUGCUCGGAGUGGAGGACGGGCCAAGCAUCGCAUUGUUGAAGUUCAUGGAGCGAACAGGCUUCGAGGCUCCAGACAACUGGAUGGGUAUUCGCGAUCUUGGCCAUGCUUCGCUGUCCUAA